AUGAGAAGCUCUUUGACAAAUAAGAUCAAGCAAUAUGAUAUCGGAAAUGGUGCUAUCAUUCCAUGGACAACACAAAACGGCGAUAAUGAAACCAAUUUGGUCCCUAUGAACUCAGAGGUCUUUUGUCAUUGGAUACCAUUCAAGACUUGGAAUGAGGAAGAAGUUGAUGCAAACCAGGAAUCGUUACCGAGACAACACUUUUUAUCUUCCGACAUCUUAUUGAUUGGCGCACCCAGUGAUUAUGGUCUUAUCGUCAAUAAAAAGUGUGUUCAGUCUCCCGAACGCAUCUUACGUAUUAAAAGUCGAUUGUCGGAUCAACAAGCUCUUCGCUCACCUAAUACUUCUCGUGCUAGACGAUUUGUCGAUUCACAUGCAAUACAAAUACAGGGAAGUGCAAUGGGAUUUAUCUCCGGAUCAGGUCAAGUAACUUAUAAACGGAGAAUUGGGCAUACAAUGAAGGACGCCUUAGUGGAGCGAUGGCGACAUGGUCUACGAAAUCCUCUUGAUCUUGAAGCUUACUCUGGAGUUGAGGUAUCUCUCUGUUCUCGUAAUGCUCGUCGUCGACGAUUGUUAAACAUUCUCGCGUCUGAUACUAUGGUCAAUUACCUUCGUGCCAUUUCCUUCACAUGGGAUAAAGGUGUCUGCGAGUCUUCAUAUCUCAAAGCAUUACGUUGUCCAAAGUCAUUUCGAAAAUUUUGGAAAGCACAUAAAGAUUGGCAGACCAAUAUUGGUGAUGCAAUUUCCAAGUGUUUGGAUGCACUAGAAGAGACAGGCAUUGAUGAGGAUAAUCGAGAAUUAAGUGCUUUUUGGGUUGAAUCUUUUGAUGCGGAGGGGGAUUCAGAUGGGGAAGAUGAUGACGAUUCUAUUGUGCAGCCCGACUCGCUCAAAAAUAGUACUACUGGCGGCGGAAUUCAAUCAACAGUACAAAAUAACAUUGCAACCGGACUUCCAACUCCACCAAAUAGUUUAGUCUCAGUGGAUUUGGAUACUUGCAAUUUUUUUGAGGAAUUGAUCGUUACAUUAUUUCGAUCCGAACAUACAUGGACAGGAUUUCUAGAGGACUCUGAAGAAUCAUUAACCAUGGUAGUUGUUGGAAAGGAAUGUCUCGAUUUUCACGACCAAGAUGGAUUCGGACGCUGUUGUUCCCUUACAGCGAAGACCAAAGGAUAUCCUGUUUUACAAACCUCACUACAGAUUAAUGAAUCACUACUUUCCAAUUGUUCUGCAAAGCUCAAGCAAGAAAAGGUGGACAGUAGUAAGAAGACUAUCUGGAAUGCACACGAAUUAAAGAGGGGAACAACAUUUUGUUUGGGUAAUCAUGGAAUAUUGGAAGUUAUAUCUGGGUCUUCCUAA